AUGCGAGAUUGUAAGCAUAACCUUUCAGAAUAUGAGUCUGAAAAAGAACGCAUCCUUCUCUCCCUUUCUGAAAUCGAUAAUAAAAUAGAGAUAACAAAAGUUGAACUCAAUAAAUGGCACGUUCAACUCGAGCUUAAUUCGAGCUCAGAUGAUGAUUCUGGUUUUGAAUGUUCUACCAAUUUUUAUGAAGGAAGGGACACAUCCAUCGAAGAUAAUAGUUCUACCAGUAGAGUUGCUGAUGUUUUAGGAUCUCAACGAAAAAUUAGUAGGAAGAGAAAGAACGCGGCACCUACUCCAGCUCGCAAACAUAAUCUUCGGAAUCUUAACCGAAUUGAUUAUAAUGUUGGUUCUUUGUCUAAAAAGCGUCGUAGAAAUAAACCUAACCUUGCGACAUUGCCUCCUCCUUCACCAAUACCCGAAAUUUCGGAUGUUUCUGGUAUGAAUUGGGAUAUUUGUGUUGAUAACGACCUUCAUAUAGAAAGAAUAUGUUUGGAGUGCCCUCUCCAUUGUAAAGGAAAGGAGAUCGCUCUCGAAUAA